AUGGUAUUCCUAUUUGGUGAGGACGGUUCAGGUAAAUCACUUUUAAUGAAUCUUAGCAAACAAAUUCUAUGCUGUGAUGAUAUGAAUAAUCAUGCUAAGACUCUAUCAAAGGCUGCUUUCUUGAGCUCGAUAUCUUCCUUCCAUGACUGGGAUAUUCCAACAAUUAUCAAUAGCAACAAACUACCAAACUAUAAAGAUGAAUCUGGUGAAGUAGUUCAAAGCAAAAACACGAAUCUUGAAAAUGAGAUCAAAGACAAGGAAUUCGGCGUCUUUCUACACCGCUGUCGACCAACUUUUCUGAAGUUUUGUUCCAGAUACAAGAACAAGGGGGUUGGGACGUUUUGUCCGGUAUCGUUCAUUGAGAGCCGCAACCUUCUUCGUAUGGCUACGAAUAACACUUACCAAUUCAUCUUUGAUAGAUGUAAAUACGAAGGAGGUACUUUUACCUCUGUUCCUCAGUUGAAUAAAGCUAUGAAAGCGUAUAUCAACGAAAAAUAUGAAAUGAAGCAAGCAUUCAAGGAUACAAUCAAUAUUACAAAUAUUAUGCUCGUAGAUAAUCGAUAUGUAGAGAAAAAAUUGAACAUCUGUAAGAGUUGUCGCAAGGAACACAAAAAAGGAUGCUGCGAUAAAUACGAUCGUCUUAAUCGAUCAAAAUCUCAUGUUAUUCUAAAUAUCACGCUCUCUUAUGGGAUUCCUGAUGAUGAUUAG